AUGAGUACUCUUGUAUCUGGCCAUCCGUCUGAGUUAUCCAGAAGCAAACGUAGUUAUCAGGAUACCAGGAAUGGUGUUUUCCAGUAUGUUUCUGAUCAUCUCAUCUAUGAAAUACUCUUAAGAACUCCCGCUGAGUCUUUAUUAGUACUCAAGAGCGUGUGCAAGGAUUGGUGUUCCAUAAUUAAGGAUCCUAAUUUCAUCAGACAACAUUGUGAUCACCAUAUGACCAAGGAACAAUCAAUUGGUUUGGUAUCUCUGCUUGAAAGAGAAGAUUGUUCGGGUAUCUACGAUCUCACCAAUAUUAACAAAUUGUGCAAAACAGGGAACGAAUUUGGCAAUUUGGAGAGGCAGAAUGAGCAGUUACAAUUGAGCACACAUGCGGAUGGAAGGCUCUUGAAAAUCACAUCAUGCAACAGUUUUGUAUGUUUUCAUACAGAAUUCCCUCUGCAUAUGUGGAACCCAGUUACAAGGGAAUUAAUGAUGCUUCCAAAACCUGGAAUCCGUAAUAACAAAGAGGUGGCCACCGGAUGUGGAUUUGGAUUUGACGCAUCGCAUAAUGAAUAUAAAGUUAUUCAGUUAUACAAACGUGUUGAUGACUCUACGUUGGGCUAUGAAGUUUUAACCUUAGGUACCGCCAUGUCAUGGAGACGUCCUAUCCAACAAAAAGAUAGCCUUCUUCAUCCGAAUUUCUGGGAGUUUGAGUCUGGUCAAGAAGCAAUAUUUGUAGAGGGAUCAUUAUAUUGGCAUGCUACCGAACACAUAUUGUGUUUUGAUGUUACGACCGAAAGGUUUGAAUUGAUUCAGGUACCUGAUAGGACACAUCUAAAGCUGGGAUCGUAUUGCGAGCUAUUGGUAGGAUUUGAUCGUAAGAGUCUUUGUUUUAUGAGCCACGAUGAAACUCAUGAAAUGCUGCAUCUAUGGAAGAUGCAGCAGAGGCACUGCUCUGACAAGAAAAGUAUAUGGAUUAAAGGUUAUAGUAUCGAUGUAAGUUUUAUAAGUGUUCCAGAUACUCACAUCACUCCGGUAUGCAUUCGAGGUAAGAAAAUUUAUCUAAGAUACGGGAACGGAUUGGCUUGUUACGAUACGGAAAGUCAAGCAUUUGUGAAAGCAGUUUUCAGAAACGGAGGUGCUGAUUGCUGUGAGUUUGUUGCCUACACAAAGAGCAUUGUUUGUCUGAAAGAUAUAGUUGGCUCUUCUUUUGUUUCGUCUCUUGAGCCAAAUUGUUAA